AUGGGCAUCAUACGACGCAAGAAGAGAGAACCGCGGUUGACUUUGAAAAUUCAUGCCCUGCAGGCUCACAACAUCACAGUGGAGAACUCUGGUUGCAAUCCUAUCUGUGUGGCUAUCAGCAAUGGCAAGUUCAGUCGUACUGCCAAGCAAAGAAACACCAGCUCGCCGUCGUGGAACCAGGUGCUCAAGUUGAAAUUACCCCAGAAAGCAACAUCGGAGUAUGUGCGAAUAGUGGUGUAUGACUUCUUGAGCAAUGCUGUGGAUGACAGCGCUGUGGAAACCCUGCGAUCGCAGGAAGAUGCGUCUCGUAGCUACGAUAGUUCGAGUCGCUACCUUUAUUUGGGUGAAGUCCGGCUCUCGCUGCGUGAUAUUUUCCGACGCAAGGAUCAACCUACCAGCUACAAUUUUUUGAAAAGUGCGGCUUGGUAUCCACUCUUCAAUCGUAACAGUUUGAAAUUCAUGCAUCACGACAUGCAGGACGCACCACCGUCUUUGGCCACAGGCCAAAUUCAACUGGCCGUUUCGUUGAGUUGCACACGAGGCACGAGCCUUAUCAAAGCCUUCAACGAAUGGAUUAGUGAUACUUCUUUCUCAACUUCUUCUAAAAGGCCCAGUCUUGGUAACAAAAGUUUCAGCAAAGUUGCUAUUUCGGAUUUACCCUCGAGCUCCACUACGGUAGACGAAGCGACUGGUGCAAGAAACACACCAGUUGAUGACGAUGAUGACGAAAGCGCAACAGACUUUGAGGAAAUUAUUCAAGACGACCCAGACGUCGACGAAGCAUCGGGAGGCUAUGGCGACAUCAACGACGACGAUGCGGAUGAUGAGGAUUUCGAUGUUGAGGAAAUCGAUGAUGAUGAAAAUAUGGAAUACGAUGGGACUGAGUAUAAUAACGCUGGCACCGGGAAGUAUUUAGAGCUCCCAGAGUUCGAAGAUCCAGCGGACGACUCCAAUGAUUUAAGUUCUACGGACGACGUGGAUAGCAACCACCUCGAUAUGGCUAAGGUGGCUACCGCACUUGACGAAUACGACGUUGUGUUGUCAAGAUCUGAUCUUGACGUCUCUGUGCCGCCUACCACUUCCAGAACUCCCUCUAUCUUCACAAAGGGAGGUAGCGGCGACACCAGCGACACGAACUCGAUAAGCACUAAUAGGUUCCUAUCUUUAUCCAAUCGUCGCCGCCGGCCCCAUCGGUCACGUCGUGGGAUGGUAACGGAAAACUAUGAGCUAUCCAAAGAAGGCCAUGCCACCGGCGUUAUAUUCAUGGAUAUCGAAAGCAUCGUUAAUUUGCCAGCUCUCAAGAACAAAUUUUCCAAGACUUACAUGAUGGAUCCUUUUGUCAUCGUUGCAUUUGGUCGUAGGGUUUUCAAAACGUCCUGUAAAAAACAUUCGCUGAACCCUACUUUUAACGAGCGGCUCGCCUUCGAGGUUUUCCCAAGCGAGACAAAUUUCAGUUUUCAUUUCAAAGUCAUCGACAAAGACUCGUUUUCGUAUCAUGACAAAGUAGCCAGUGGUGACAUGUCUUGGAGUGAGCUUAUUCAAAAACAAACCGGCAGGCAUCACGGCGAUGACUGGACAUCUGUAGAGAUUCCUUUGAAUUUCAGUGACUCCAUUGAUUCUACGACUUCUGAACCUGUUUUAAACAUACAGUUCAAGUUCGCGGCCUACUCCGAUUUGAAAAAACACUUUUGGGAAAGAGCUCUUAACAAGCUCUGUAGAGCCGAUGAACUAGAUCUUGUAGACGUCAGUCUAUUAAUGGAAAAGUUGGGGACGUUUUCUUAUGACGAGAUCAAUGACUUCUUUUACCAUUUUAACAAAUCACCUUGGUCUCAUGAUGUGCUAACCAAGAAAGAGCUGGUUACGUAUUUGCAGUUUUCUAAGGGCUCGUCCGGGUUCAAGGGUAUUAAAAGAUGUCCCUUAUGUUCCCGUCGCUGUAAAACUACCAAGCGUAGUGCAAGCUUCAAGCUAUUGCCCGAGAAUGACCUUAUAACACAUUUUUCGAUAUGCUCAUCAAGCGAAGAUAAAAGACGAAUGUUGAGGCCGUCGUAUGUGUCAUCGGAUUUUGCAACAAAAAGAUGGUUUUCCAAGUUUCUGAUCAAGCUGACUUACGGCAAGUAUGCCUUGGGCUCGAACAAUGCCAACAUAUUGGUCCAAGAUAGAGACUCUGGAAUUGUUCUUGAAGAGAAAAUAAGCGCACACGUCAGACUUGGCAUUCGGAUAAUCUACAAUGCCAAAGGUACGCAAUCCAAAAAAUUCAAGAAUUUGUUGAAGAAUCAGUCCAUAAAGCAAGGGAAAAAAUUCGAUAGCCCGGCUUCUGUCAAACAAAUUAUUCCAUUCAUCAAGUUUCACUCCCUAGACCUCUCGGAAUGUGAAGAGACGCCUUAUGGUACAUUCAACGAGUUCUUCUUCAGAAAGCUCAAGCCAGGGAGCAGGUCUCCGGAGGUUGACGACCCUAGGGUACUUCUCUCUCCUGCUGAUAGUAGAUGUACAGUGUUUUCAACCAUCAAGUCGUCGAAAGAAAUAUGGAUCAAGGGCAGAAAUUUUACACUGGCAAAGCUAACUGGAGAUUAUCACCCUGAGAUCUUCAAUGAUGCUUCAUGCAGCAUCGGUAUUUUCCGUCUGGCACCACAAGACUAUCAUCGAUUUCAUUCUCCCUGCAAUGGCGUCGUGGGAAAGCCGCUUGAGAUAUCUGGAGAAUAUUAUACGGUCAAUCCGAUGGCGGUGAGAACUGAACUAGACGUUUUCGGGGAAAAUGUUCGCACUGUGCUUUCCAUCCAUUCCCCGGAGUUUGGAACAAUUUUAUGCAUUGCCGUUGGUGCAAUGAUGGUUGGGUCAAUCAUCUUUACGUGCAAAGAAGGUCAGACGAUUGAACGAGGACAGGAACUGGGGUACUUUAAGUUCGGUGGGUCAACAAUCCUGCUAGUCAUUCCGUCGCAAGACGUCGUUUUUGAUACUGAUCUGCUGCAAAAUUCGUGCGAGCAGAUCGAAACAUUGGUGAAAGUGGGCAUGAGCGUAGGUCAUACUACCGAUGUAAAGGAGCACAAGCGUGAGAAGCACGUUCCAACCAGUGAGGCCGAUAUCGACAGGAUCAAACGAACGAUAUCCGUGUCUGAGGAAGCUGCCAAUCACAUCGGUAACGUAAGCUGGGAAUUUCGUGAUCUACAAAAACGACUUGGAACCAGACCAGAAAUUGCAAAUCAAGCGGAAGUGUCAGACCCUACAGAAGCAGCUGACGAUCUCGAACUUUCCAGUAUUAUUUAUCAAUAA